CACAUGUUGGUGACAGGAUGUGCUUUGGGCGACUGUCCGUACAGUCUAUGGUCUGUAGCAACAGAACAAUUUCGGCACUGUUUUUUCUCAUGUGCUCGUUCGUGGAAUUUCUUAAGAGGCUUUAGUGUGUUAUUAAAGAAAACAGUGGACAAAGCGGUUUCCCUUCCCAGUCUCAUCUCAUGACAAACAGCUUUCUCCAGCAGCUAACUCUCUCUGUGUGGGAGGGCGGUCCAUGAUGAUGAGCCUGCUAGCAGCCUUCGAACAGGCUAGCUGAGUGAGUGGAACUAGCGUGCUAAUAGUUACCCAAGUGUGCAGUUUAUUUUCGGGACAGCACGAUGAAGAACAUCAUGAAGUAUUAUAGACCUAUUCCACUACAGCAUAUUGACAACACCACUGGAAGCUAGCGGCGUCUCUUCUCCACCACAGCGGUUGGUUGACAUCGCUCAUCUGAUAAUUACCGGGCUCUGAAAAUAGCGGAUUUGUUGGCACGACCAUGCCUCCCAGGCCCUCUUCGGGAGAACUAUGGGGGAUGCACUUGAUGCCCCCCAGCAUACUGGUCGACUGCCUUCUGCCAAAUGGCAUGCUUCUCACGUUGGAAUGCCUCCGGGAAGCCACGCUGAUCACAGUCAAGCAUGAGCUUUUCAAAGAGGCCAGGAAGUACCCUCUUUAUAAUCUGCUGCAGGAGGAGAGCUCCUACAUCUUUGUCAGUGUCACCCAAGAGGCAGAGCGGGAGGAGUUUUACGAUGAGACCAGGAGGUUGUGCGAUCUUAGGCUCUUCCAGGCCUUCCUUAAAGUCAUUGAGCCAGUUGGAAACAGGGAAGAGAAAAUUCUCAACAGAGAGAUAGGUUUUGCAAUUGGAAUGCCUAUAUGUGAGUUUGAUUUGGUGAAAGACUCAGAAGUGCAGGACUUCAGAAGGAACAUUUUAAAUGUUUGCAAAGAGGCUGUGGACCUUAGAGACAGUAACGGACCCCACAGCAGAGCUUUGUAUGUAUAUCCUCCCAAUGUAGAAUCCUGUGCAGAACUUCCCAGGCACAUCUAUAACAAGCUAGAUAAAGGUCAAAUCAUUGUGGUCAUAUGGGUUAUUGUGUCACCCAGCAAUGACAAGCAGAAGUAUACCCUGAAGAUCAACCAUGACUAUGUGCCAGAGCAGGUGAUUGCCGAAGCCAUCCGUAAGAAGACGCGUAGCAUGCUGCUCUCCCAGGAGCAGUUAAAGAUGUGUGUACAGGAGUAUCAGGGAAAGUACAUUCUCAAAGUGUGUGGCUGUGACGAGUACUUGCUGGAGAAAUACCCUCUGAGUCAGUACAAGUAUGUGCGCAGCUGUAUCAUGCUGGGACGGAUGCCUAACUUGAUGCUAAUGGCAAAAGACAGCCUGUAUUCCCAGCUGCCCAUGGACAACUUCACCAUGCCGUCAUAUGCAAGGCGAAUAUCCACAGCAACACCCUACAUGAAUGGGGAAACAGCCACCAAGUCUCUCUGGACUAUCAAUGGAACACUGAGGAUCAGGAUACUGUGCGCUACUUACGUCAAUGUCAACAUCCGAGACAUUGACAAGAUCUACGUCAGGACCGGAAUAUACCACGGUGGAGAGCAGUUGUGUGACAAUGUCAACACCCAGCGUGUGCCCUGCUCGAACCCCAGAUGGAACGAGUGGCUGAAUUACGACAUGUACAUUCCAGACAUCCCCUGUGCUGCCCGACUCUGCCUCUCCAUCUGCUCUGUGAAAGGAAGGAAGGGAGCUAAAGAGGAGCACUGUCCUCUCGCCUGGGGCAACAUCAACCUGUUUGACUACACCCACACACUAGUAGCAGGGAAGAUGGCUCUUAACCUAUGGCCUGUCCCACAUGGCUUAGAAGACCUGCUCAACCCUAUCGGCGUCACAGGCUCCAACCCCAACAAGGAAACCCCUUGUCUGGAGCUGGAGUUUGACCAUUUCAGUUGCCCUGUCAAGUACCCUGAUAUGACCAUCAUUGAGGAACACGCAAACUGGAAUAUAUCCAGAGAGCUUGGCUUUAAUUACUGCCACACCGGUUUGAGUAACAGACUGGCACGUGACAACCCCCUGACUGACGUCGACAAUGAGCAGCUACGCCAGGUGUGUAACAGAGACCCGCUGUCUGAAAUCACUGAGCAGGAGAAAGACUUUCUAUGGAGGCACAGGCAACACUGUGUAAACAUGCCAGAGAUCCUUCCCAAGAUCCUCCUGGCUGUGAAGUGGAACUCCAGAGAUGAGAUUGCACAGAUGUAUUGCCUCCUGAAGGACUGGCCUGCUAUCAAGCCAGAACAAGCCAUGGAGUUGCUGGAUUGCAACUUCCCUGAUCCAAUGAUCAGAGAGUUUGCCGUAAAGUGCCUUGAGAAAUACUUAACUGAUGACAAACUCUCACAGUACCUCAUUCAACUGGUUCAGGUUCUGAAGUAUGAGCAGUACCUUGACAACCCACUUGCACGCUUCCUGCUGAAAAGAGCAUUAACCAAUCAGAGGAUAGGACAUUUCUUCUUCUGGCAUUUAAAGUCAGAGAUGCACAACAAGACAGUGAGCCAGCGGUUUGGCCUGCUGCUAGAGUCGUACUGCCGGGCCUGUGGCAUGUAUCUGAAGCACCUGAGCAGACAGGUGGAGGCCAUGGAGAAACUCAUCAAUCUCACUGACCUCCUCAAACAGGAGAAAAAAGAUGAGGCACAGAAGGUUCAAAUGAAGUUUCUGGUGGAGCAGAUGAGAAGGCCUGAUUACAUGGAUGCCCUGCAGAGCUUUACCUCCCCACUGAAUCCUGCACAUCAGCUGGGAAACCUCCGCCUGGAAGAAUGCAGGAUGAUGUCAUCAGCCAAGCGACCUCUAUGGCUUAACUGGGAAAACCCAGAUAUGAUGUCAGAGCUGCUCUUUCAGAACAACGAAAUCAUCUUCAAAAAUGGAGAUGAUCUGAGGCAGGACAUGCUGACGCUGCAGAUCAUUAGGAUAAUGGAGAACAUCUGGCAGAACCAAGGCCUUGAUCUCAGGAUGCUGCCAUAUGGUUGUCUGUCAAUCGGUGACUGUGUGGGUUUGAUUGAGGUGGUGAGGAACUCUCACACAAUCAUGCAGAUACAGUGUAAAGGAGGCCUAAAGGGGGCACUGCAGUUCAACAGCCACACUCUGCAUCAGUGGCUUAAGGAUAAGAACAAGGGAGAGAUGUACGACCAGGCCAUCGAUCUGUUCACGCGGUCGUGUGCAGGCUACUGUGUAGCCACAUUUAUCCUGGGCAUAGGGGACAGACACAAUAGCAACAUUAUGGUCAAAGAUGAUGGACAGCUGUUCCACAUAGACUUUGGCCAUUUCCUCGACCACAAAAAGAAGAAGUUUGGGUACAAGAGAGAACGUGUGCCCUUUGUGCUCACACAGGACUUCUUGAUCGUUAUUAGCAAAGGAACUCAAGAGUGCACCAAAACAAGGGAGUUUGAAAGGUUCCAGGAGAUGUGUUACAAGGCGUACCUGGCAAUCCGGCAGCAUGCCAACCUCUUCAUCAACCUCUUCUCCAUGAUGCUGGGCUCAGGGAUGCCCGAGCUGCAGUCAUUUGACGACAUUGCUUACAUCAGAAAGACCCUAGCUUUGGACAAGACGGAGCAGGAGGCCUUGGACUACUUCAUGAAGCAGAUGAACGACGCUCACCACGGCGGCUGGACUACCAAGAUGGACUGGAUCUUCCACACAAUCCGCCAGCAUGCCAUGAACUGAAAUGACGACUAAUGCAUAAAGAAAGGAGUAAAGGACUGUAGCACACUAAGAAUCAAAAGAAUAGUUAGAAGCGAGCGAGGUAUUUUCCCAAACCCACUAAGGCCUGGUUAAUACUUUUGCCAGCGUGUGACUCUGAAACCUGCCAGCGCACCACAAAAAAGGUGUGCUCAGAAGGGCAUAAUUCAGGGACAUAUUGACUAAAUGCUCCUGAUUCUACCAGUUUCUGAAUUUCUUAUCCCUGCACUAUGAACUUCAGAAGGAAGAGUGGAGUUAUAUUUCAUCAGUCUUCUUUAUAGGAACUAAACGAGUGUAAUGGACCUUGACAUCGUUGGCCUUCUUUGUGUAAACAAACUUUUUUUUAUUAUUCCUUUAAGUACAUCUACAACCAUCAGCAUUAAGAAAGAAACAUCAUGAAGUUGUGUACCAUGAGCACAGUUGGCUUUUUCUAAUGAUGAACUGACAGAGUGUAACUGCUUUAUUUCCACUAACUAUUUUAAACUGAUGAAGACGGGGGAGAUAUUGGCGCACACAGCCAGACCAGCUGACACAGAAUGAAAGGGACAAUGACAAGCCUGGUGUGUGCCUAUUAAAUCAUGAUUACCCCUUACAAUCAUAAAAAACAAUCACCAACACUCUUACUACAGGACUGACAGAGGACGUGUUGUCGUGUUGUUAAACACUAGCAUUUAACGCUUUUAAAGCAUCUGAAAUAACAACUUAUUUGUAGCCUACUGACGUGUACUCAGUUUAGAAAUCAUGCCAGAUAACUGACUUUUGUACAGCAGUAUAUCCAUAGACUUGUAUGCAUUCAGUGCACAUAUUCCUUUUUGAGUCUAUUUUCUACUGAGCCAAAGUACUAGAUGUUUAACCCCACUACUCAGCAGUCUUAUUGUAAAAAAGAAAAAAAGUCACUACUAUUCCAAGUCUCUCAUGUGUACUCGUAGCACUGAUCUCUGCAGUAUUUUUUUUUGUUUUGUUUCGUCUAUCAGUAUUAUCCUGUGUCCAAUGUUGAGGCUCAAAUGUCCGUCACCCCCCCCGCCCCACACACUGUCGGAACACAGACUGACUAGAGAAAACCUUUCUGACGGUCAGCUGUAUGAGAUGUUAUGAAUUGGUCGGUUAUUCAGCAGAUAAAGGCAAGAAUUGAAGGGGAAAAUGAUGUGCAGUGUUCCUUUUGUGUUGUGCGCUGUUACACUAUGCAAGUUGUGAUUCUGAUAUGUACUGCAACAACAACAAAAAGUUGAUGUCAGAGUAUGGCAGAGAGAAAAAUGCAUCUCCCCCGACAUGCUCACACAGACACGUGUGCAGUGAACAGAAAGAUGCUGCACUGUAACGGGAUCGUCUACUUCUUCCCAACAAAAAGAACUGUGAGAAAUGCCUUUGGACCCUACCUUUUGCUUCUCCUUACCAGGUUUAUAUUUGGAGCUUCAAUCUAAGCCAUCUGUAAAAUGUUUGAUUUGUUGAGUUUUGCUCCUGUCCUCUUGUUCUCUAACACUAAUACUAAGAUCAUUUAAGAGACUCUCUUCCUCACAUAUGCCAUAUGGUACCAGAUCAUGACCUCCAGGUAAAGAAAAGUAACAGAAGUUUAAUUGUUUUUCCAACCUUUCAAGUGUCUUCUUCCCUCCUCUUUCCUAUGAUUGUCAACCUUAUGUGUGGAAAAAUAGUCUUUGCAGGUUUGCUCACUGCACCGACACAUACGUAAGAUGUCAGUAAAUGUUCCAGCUUUACCAAAUGAUACACAACAGGGCGGUUUCCUGGACACUCAAGUCCGUCUGAAAGUCCAAUUUUUGUUUUCUGUACAUUGGUAUGGACUUAAAAAUGAUCAGGAAACCGAUCCUGCUGAGAUGCAUGUGCUUUUGUACAGGCUACAGAGCAGUGGGCUGGACCCAAACUCAGAAAACUAGACCUCAUAUACUUUAUGGAAGAACUCCCUAAAUGAUGCUAUUUCCCUUUGUACUUACUGUUUUCUGUUUGUCACGCUGCAUUAUGCAUGAGGUCCUCGAAUAUCUACUUUUUUUGUUUUGUUUGACCUGAUGAUGUUUACUUGAAUUUGAUGUAUAGAAAGGACCUUGUUACUUGUGUAAGGUACAACAAAGUCACCAUGAAGGUAACAGAUACUGAUAACUGCUACUACAUGUGCAAAUGCUUUCCUUGAACAACCACAGAGGUAAUAUAUUUUUGUAUUUUUAAAUGUAAGCAAACUCCUAUAUGUAUGCUAACCAAAAAAAGAAAAGAAAAAAAAAGGCGGAAUCAUGCAUAACAUGCACCAUCCUCAUAGAAAACCCAGUAGACAGCUUCUAGUUGUUGAAACGAUAUGAAUGACAAAGCAGAGGAGGAUUUUUGAAUGAAGGACAGCGACUUAAUGCUGUUAGUCAGUCUUCACAUCAAGUGGGAUCUUUUGCCCUAAGUGGAAGUCUGUAAGCACAAUAAGGAGGAAGAAGCUACCCUGCAUGAUUCAAAAAAGAACUAUACUUAGUUAUAUCCAUCUGUGUAUAUAUCUAUAUCAUAAUUAUCAAAUCAAAUACUUGUUUUAGUCAUCCUCAUAUGACCAUGUCUGAUAAAGAAACUGUAUGCAUUCAUUUAUUGUACUGUUAAAUAAAAACAUUUCUCCCUAUCUAAA